AUGGUCCGACCCCAAGGUGUGGUGCGUGUGCGAGACGACGGGAUUGUGUGGGCGAGGUGGGAUGUGCUCAACGAUCGACGGGUCCUCGUAGUCGCCUAUCCGUCGGCCCUGCAGAUAUGGGAUACGUAUGAUCUGAAAGCUAUUAGGGAGGUCGUACGGCUGCGAUUCGAUGCUUCUGCUCCUUCUGGCACGCAGACGCAGUGGAGUGCGCUUUUCGCUCUUGGUAGGGAACCGAUGGGUACAGUAAAGGGCCAGGUUGCCGGUCAUGGUGUCGGUGGUAGGAUAGGGUCGGGAAGAGACGGUUUUACGAUCCGCGUUGCACAUGCGGUUAUCCUUCCUGCUACCAGCCGGCGAGCGAAGGCUGCGACGCGCGACAAGGACGUGUUUGAGGAUGAGAGGCCAUUGCUUGGUGUGUUACUUGAAGCGGAGGCGGCGGAAGAGGAUGGUAAUGCGGGAGUUGAGUCUGUGACGGAAGUGGUAUUUGUGGUGUAUUCGCUUCGGACACAUCGGGUGGUGAAGCAUGUACCGCUCUCUGGGGUUCCUGAUUUUGGGAGUCGUGCGGGUACUUUUGAUGUUAGCAAGGAUUUCGUAGUCCUUAGCACGAAGAGCCCACCAACACUACAUAUUCUUUCGUCCGCGACAUUCCGGAGGCUUCACACUAUCCACUCAACGUCCCUGGAAGCGUUCACAAGGCCCCCGCGCUUACCUCCUCCUACCCCACAUGGCUCAGAAAUGAAUGUGGAUGUAGCAGGUAUCAACACCGCCACAGGAGGACCUCCCAGCGUGCAUGCAGACGCAGCAACCGGAAAGUCCAGAACAGGCGCCUUUUCAUCGGGCCUCUCAUUGUCCAUUGCCUCGAACGCGCUGUAUGCUCCUGGGAGCCGCAGUAGCACGCCUGCUUCUGUCAAUCCUAGUGGAAAUGCUGAGCAAGCUGAUGGAUCAGCCUCUGUGCCAGUAGUGUACCCCUCUCCCGUGUUUGCCCUGUCUGGAAGACUCCUGGCGUAUGCAUCGCCCGUCCCUGGGCGCAGCACGGGGGCUAGUGGAGGAGAUGCCGGCUCUAUGUCUCCAGGGGGUGUUGGUGGCGUCGGCUCGUCCCCUUCUCCGUCAUCCUUCCUCGGUGUCGGUACCGGUAUCACUUCAGGUAUUAGCAAAGCCUCUCGCAGGCUCUCGUCAUCGUCAUCAGCGUCUGUACACUCGAACGCACCGUCCAGCGCGUCAUCGUCGUCCGCGCCCUUCGGGUUAAGCGCUAUAAGUGGGAUUGGGGCAAGUAUCCCGCGCACACAGGCGGAGGUGGGGCAUGCUGCGCUGAGGGUCGGAGAGAGCGUGGUGAGUGGUAUGCGGUUUUUGGGUGGUAUGGCGGUGGAUGCUGCGCGUAGCCGGGUGGGCGCUGGCGUGGGAGGUGGUGUGCCAGUCAGGCAGGGUACACCUGUUGGUGCAGGGCGGGCGGGCGGAAGUGUUAGUGGAGGAGGGAAUGGGAGGUACAUCUCGAGAAGUGCACCGGAUAAUGCGGAGGAUGUGGAUGAUUCUGCGGCUGCGCAAGCUUUGCGUGAGCGCAGGUACUCCGCCAACGCGCCAGCCGCUGUUGGAAGUGUUCCGUCGUUCUCGUCGUAUGUCAGUUCGCAUGCCGUCGCACCACAUACGACGGGCGUGGUUGAACAUGGGCAUUAUGUGACGGUGCUGGAUUUAGCACCGCUCCUGGACUCCAACUCUAGCGGGGUAGAUGGAUCUGGACUCGAUCUGGAGAGCACUGUGAAGAACAUACACGACGUCGACGUUGUCUAUAAUGACGAACUUGUCGACGACAUGCGCCCAAUCCGGACCCCUAUGAAGAUCGAUGAAUUCAAUGCGUCGCGCAGCCAGCCCGUUGCAGGUCUCUGCUUCGCGCAAGAUGGGACAAGCGUGGGCGUGAUCACGCGCGACGGGCACCGUGUCAAAGUAUUCAGGCUCCGCCCCGUGCCGUCCGUCGUGCGUCUAGGAGAAAGGAACACAUCGUCAGAAUUGGUGGAGGAAACUGGUUUGCAGGAGACACCACAUGGCCCGCGUGCUGCGCAGGUGUAUGACUUGUAUCGCGGACGCACGUCUGCUGUGGUGGAGGGUGUGUAUUGGGCGAAAGACGGCAGGUGGGUUGCGGUUGGUACUCGAAAUAGGACUGUUCAUGUGUUCGCGACGAACCCCUACGGCGGAGAGACUGAUUUACGAAGCCACAUGGAGGGGAGGGUUAGAAAUGUGGAUGUGAUUCCGCUCGUCAUGCUUCUCGAUCCGCCCUACACUACAGUACCGCCAUCCAUCAAAUAA